ACGUAGUUGCUACUGCAAUCACAGCGGCGCCGAUAAACAUCAUGCAGUUACGCUUGUAAACGCCCUGUAGGCAUGGUUUCUUAAAUUAUUUCUACACAGGGUAAAACCCAGGUUACAGCCUGCCUAAGCGGCUUGUAUGCGGAAUCACCUAUCGUUCCAGUACCGUGCCUAAAAUUCUGCCAUAUUUAAUUAACGGAUUGAAGCUCCACGUUAAAUUGCGGCCAUUCUAGUUAUGACUUAUGUACUCUAUAUUAAAGCCGGCAUGCUUCUAUUUCAUUCAGCCUUGUGCAUUCAGGACGUGAUACGAACGUCUUAUAGCAGCGCUCUUAAUUGUUUUGUUACGGUACUUCGGGCUAACAGCAAGAUGUAAAGUUGACCUUUUAAAAUUUCAUUACAUACCGUCGCGAACUUACGCACUUUGUGCACGGCACAUGCUGUUAGCACUAUCCAGCCUAACUGAAUUCAAGCAAGAGUUUCAAGGAUAAGCACUACACCAAACUCUCCAAACCACCUUGUACGUGGUGCCACAUUUUAUGCGGCAUCUGCCAGUUUUUUAUCGCAUGCCAUGCCACUGGCAGUGCCAUUGGCAGCUGCCACUGCCAGGUUUUACACCCUGCCAACGGAUGGCCGGUGCGGCUGAACCUUUUAUUGGAAAAACUGCCGGAUGAGGAAGCGAGGAAGCAGCUGCGCCUGAUUAUCGAAACUCUUCUAGACGAUAACGCCGAUCUGGCUGCACUGGAGAUGGAUUUGGACCUUGGAUUGACGGUCAACAUGUUACAAGGCGUCUACCCUGACGUCCUGCAAUCGGUAGAGGAGAAAGGGAAUCGGGAAACAAAGGUCAGCUUUUUGGAAUACCUUGUGGGAAAGAGCGUUCCAGAUGAAGGGGUGCAUUCUCAACUGGUGAAGAUGUACAUCGAAACUAUGGAAGGCGAAAAGCUGGAGCAUAUGCUUAAAAACGAUCAAUUGUUUGAUGCUGUUGCGGUUGGUCAAUGGUGCGAAGAGAAUAACUGGCUGACUAAAGCUCUGACUGUGUACGAAGAACGGCGCCUUAGUGAAGAUUUCAUCCGGCUGAGCGGCAAACUUGGCGUAUUCAAGCGUCAGUUCAAUUACCUGUUAAAAUUACGCAGUCGACACAUGUGGGAAACCGUUUUGAGUCCGGCGAACGGAAAGCGUUCCUACCUAGUUAACAUUAUGGUUGGCCAACCGGAAGCCGGCUAUGAAGCCGCCUCCAACGAUUUCGAACAAUUGGCUGUGCUCAUUGAAACUAUGGCCGAAACGGAUCUAAUAUCCGAAACCCAGACCUUCAUCCGCCGACUACUUACAAAAACCGUUAAUAAAGACCAACUCCGAUUUCUGCAGAAGCAUGCCGUUCGAUCUUUAUUAAGAAGUGGAUAUCCUACAGAGAAAUUUCAACAGUUAUUCGGCGAGCGGUUAUAUACGUAUGAUCCGUGCGUAGUUGCCGACGUGCUCGUUCAAGGAGGAAUGCUGCGAUUUGCUAAGGACAUUCCGGUCAGGGGAAAGUGUUGGAAAGAAGCCGCACAGUUGGUUGUGGCUAACAAAAACGAAGGCCUCGGCGAUAUCAAACAACUGGCUUUCUUAAGCCGCGAUCCGGAAUUACUGGCGACAGUUGGCGAAGAUUACCUGGCAUCCGGCGACCUGGUUCUGGCACUGCGAUAUCUCGUAGAAGCGGGCCGAUUUACGAAAUAUAAACUCGUCUGCUCGUUGGUGCCGUUGGACAGGAAGUUCGCUGAAUGGGAGUUGCUUAUUCGCUUCCUGGAGGGCGCGCUAUCCACCACCAAAGAUCCAUCGUGGCAAACGAAGGUGGUUCAAGCGGAUCGCACGAUGUCGAUUGUUGUCGGAUAUGUGAGGAUCGGCCGAAAAAUGUGACAUUCGUCCCGUGCGGCCAUAUGGUAGCCUGUAUGGAUUGCGCGCAAGAACUGAGCCUGUGCCCCAUUUGUCGCAAGCCCAUCGACCUGAAGGUCAAAACAUUUAGUGCGUAAUGUAUCGUUUGCUCGAAUUUGGGUGAUCAAAUCCAACCCAAAUUCCGUUACCGGAUUUGGCUACUUAGGAGAAACGGCUUGGCUUGAUUUGUGUUCCUUACUACAGCCUGCUCGAAGAGUUGCCGUGCAUGCUAAUGUUGUAGUAAAAGUGUAAAAACGCUACUGCCAAGU